AUGAUGUGGACGGAAUAUUUACCUACAUCAGUUAGAGCAGUAUUAGCUGUAACCUCGAUUACGCAACUAGACAAACUGGCAGAGUUAGCUGACAAGAUCAUGAAAACGACACGACCCAUUGAGGCAGCGGAAAUAGUGACACAAAAACCAAGCACAAAAGAAAAGGAUUUGGCCGCCGACUUAGAGGAAUUACGUUUGAAGUGGUACAAUUACGUGGAAGACAAGCGUGGCGUGGAUCGUAAUGAGGCCGUUUCCACCUUCAUUCAACAUCAGGCUACAGACGAGGAACGAUUCCAAGACGACGCUCCAGCAAGUGACGUCCUACUAGCUCCUCCAGAAACCAAGUGCUAUGACAUGCUGAAGAACAUGCUCAUGAUCGUUUAUGCAGAGUCUGAGAACAAACAAUUCCAGAGGUUAUUCUGA